AUGAUAGAAGUCGGUACUCAGAAUCUCAAGCCGACAAGUUUGAAUCCCACGUACGAGGUCACCCCGGGAGAAGGAGUCGGGAUAUUCCAACUCGGCGAUAAUUUAUGGCAUGUCUUGGAACUUAUACGUACGCACCGGACGGAAUAUCCUAAAGUUGAAGUAUCAUGGGAUGAAGAUAAUCCACACAAAUCAGCCAUUACUGUCCAUCUUCCCUAUCUCACUCUCUACUUCCCGCCAUCACCAAUAUACCAACUCCUAUCCCUUAUAAACAUCACCCUUCCUCUGCAUUCAUCAUCCUCGAGCAAUAAUCUAGAACUAUCAUACGAAACUCAAAUUCUGAGUUCUGCGCAUAUGCCCUUGACUCGAGCUCGUGUAGGUAGACUAAUGGGACCUACGUUCAUCUCCAAGGCGGGCGAUAAAUUGGAUUUUCCAGGUAUAUCAUUUACACUUCGCUCGGAUAACUUGGGAGACGCGGGUUUUGGUCCAAGGGAAGAUGUCGUUCAGAGGAUUGUAGUGAGACCAAGGGAUGAUGAGGAGUGGGAACCGAAAUUGAUCAGUUGUGUUAUACAGCCAAAUAAGGGUAUAACCCUAGCUUUGGACGAGGACCAUAUCAUCCCUAUAACUAUCGGUGAAACCACCUCUCAAGAUUUGUUAUUGGACUUGGGCGCACCGUUGAGAAAAUUUUGGAAAGAGGAUGAUAGGUUGUCGAAAAUAUGGGGAGGUGGUGGUGAUCAUCAAGAUGGUAAAGGAGCAUGUUUCUGGAAUUACUUUCAAUACGGAUUAGACUUUUUGAUAUCUAAAGAUGGAGUCGUACAGAAGAUCCUAUGUCAUUCGAAUAUUCCUGAAACUCCCCUUUUCCAGCGGUACGCCCGAUGUCCAUGGAUCCUUCCCACCCCUUCAGGUCAACUCGACCUCACCUCCAAGGUAUCAGCCUUCAGAUCACAUUUGUCCAAGAGCGAGAAAGCGGAAGAGUACGUAGAACAAAUCAGAUUGAGCGUACCUACACCUCCUCCUUCAGGGAAUGGAGGCGGAGGCGGUGGGAAGAAGAAGAAAAGAAAUGGUUCGCCUAAUAGUGCUGCUCUGUCGGAGAACGAAUCGUCCAAAAGUCCCAGCACGUCUAAGGAGGAAGAAAAAGAGGAAGAGGGAGAUGCAAUGAUACUUGAUAGAUUGGUAGAAGGUGGUUUGGAUGGAAUAUCGAAUUUAGGACAAAGUAAGCUGAUUGGGUUCGACGGUUUAAUCGUCGAACAAGAUAAGAAGAGCGGUGGUAUAUGUUCGGUAAUGAUUUAUAGAGAUGAUACGAAGACUCAAACUGAUUAA